CGGAAUCUUGUUAUCCAACGGAGUGCGUUAAGUUCGUUUUGUUGUUAUUCCAGUUGGGAUUUCAUGUCAGAGCUUCAGUUUCCUAUUAGAUAAGGCCCAAGGUGCAUCAAGCGGUUAUCCAAUGCUCCGGACAGUCGCCAAAUCAAGCCUCCGACAUGGGCCACUACAGAGGCUCAGCAGCUCUAGCUCCAUGUAUGUCCCUGCCCACGAACCAGCCGUAGAGAGUGAUUUCAAACGAUUGGAAAAAUUCUUAGAAGAUAAACCUCACAUUCUGGUACUGACCGGAGCCGGCAUUUCCACAGAAUCAGGAAUUCCCGAUUAUCGGUCCGAGGGAGUAGGGCUUUACGCGAGAUCCAAUCACAAACCCAUUCAACACGGCGAUUUUGUAAAAUUUGAAUCGGUCCGAAAGCGUUACUGGGCUCGGAACUACGUUGGAUGGCCAAGGUUUUCGGCGAUUGCCCCGAACAUCACCCACUAUACGUUGGCCCGUUUAGAGCGCGAACAACGGAUAUCCGGUAUAGUGACGCAGAAUGUAGACAAACUGCACACGAAAGCAGGAUCGAGAAGUGUCGUUGAAUUGCACGGCAGUGGCUACACGGUCGGAUGCAUAGGCACCUCCGGGAAAGGAUGUGAUUAUCACAUACCCAGGCAUGACUUUCAGCAGAUUUUGGAUCAACUGAAUCCCUACAUGGAAGAUAAAUCAACCAUGAUGCGACCGGAUGGGGACGUAGAACUGUCCCAGGAAUAUGUGGAAAACUUCAACAUCCCUCCUUGUCCUCAGUGUGGAGGGCACCUGAAGCCGGAAAUCGUUUUCUUUGGCGAUAAUGUGCCUAUGCCACGAAUCGAGCGUGUCGUUCGUAUGAUAAUGCAAUCGGAUGGGGUCCUGGUGCUCGGUUCUAGUUUGACGGUGUUUUCCGGGUACCGGAUUGUGCUGCAGGCUAAGGAACUGGGACUUCCGGUGGCCGUUGUUAACAUUGGAACGACUCGAGCUGAUGCGAAGGUGGAUCUGAAAAUAUCAGCUCGUUGCGGGGAGCUUAUGCAGAACCUGUUCAAGAAAUGAGCGUUUUUCCUUGACGAGCUAGUUAGUUCGAUAAAUCCAUUUAAAAUGAUUGGUUAAGCGAGGGUGUACAGUGAACUAGUUGAGGGAGCUUUACAGUUUACAGUUUUUUAUAUGCUUACACUAAAGUCAGCAGCAAGUCGCUCUUUAAACCAAAACUAUGUUGCUACAUGUAGGUACCUAAAUGCUGAACAACCACAAAACAUCGAACCCCAAAGCUGUAUAAAACGAGUUCAUAGUUUCAGGCAAACUCUAAAUUUAACUAUUUGAAGCAAAUUUCUUCAAUAACUUUCUGUUUCAGUUAUGAAAUUUAUUUACUAUUUUUAAUCCAUCUUAUAAAUCAAUGGUUUGAAGGAUCAUCAGUACCUUAUUAUGAAAACAUACACAGAAAAAAAAAUAAUAAGUAACAGAUGGACUAUCGGAUUUGAGACAACUAGUAGUCAUGCAAUCAAAUUAGUAGACAAGAUCAGUGAUACCAUGUGAAGUUUUUCAGAAAAAAAGAUUAUCUUAGCUCAUCCAUAACUGGUGUUGAAUAUUUUUCCGCAACUGAUAAAAAUAAGAUAAGAAUGUGUUAAUUAAGUUUUUUUCUUAACAAAGUUUAGAUGUUUGCAUAAAUGGUUGAAAGUAGAGAUUUUUGCAAAACUAUGUACCAAUACCAUAAAUUCACAGAUUUAGUUCAAUAAAACGUUGAUCUUUUACAAAGCGUUUGAAUAAGAAAGUAUCUAAGAAUGUUGC